AGUGUACACAAAAGAGACGGAAAUAUUCAGAUGUAUACUGCACAUCUACACCAUUAACGAACCCAUACAUUUGCUCUCACGAGAGUCUUAACGAGGACGGAAAAAGGUAAAGUUCCGAGAAAUAGACCACACACCCAAACACCCAGAACGUUGACCGCCACCACGACAACGCAAAGCAGCUUCCUGAAAUGCCCGCCAUGGGCGCUACGAAGUUCCACCUGUACACGUCUCUCGGCGUGGCAAAAGAUAGCUCCCUUGACGAGAUCACGCGCGCGUACCGUCGGCUGGCCCUUCAAUUCCACCCCGACCGCAACCCAGACGGCGUAGAGCAGUUCAAGGCAAUCUCAAACGCCUACGCCGUCCUCUCCGACACCGAUCGACGUGCCGUGUACGACGUGACCGGCUUCGUGUCGGACGCCGCGGGUGAUGCGUCACACGCGAUGACAGACGAGGCGACGCGGCAGCAGCGCUCGGCCGAACUCGCCGACCAAGUGCGCGACUUCUUUGCGGCGUACGCUGGCUCAGAGGAGGAGGUAAACGAUGUGGUGAAGGGGUACGUCAAGUGUGAUGGCAACUUUGCCAAAAUGGUGCGGGAGUACCUGCUCUUUGACAACGGAGAGGCGAGCGAGGUGCAGCGUCUGCACCGUCUUGUGGAGAAGCUGGUGGCGGCGGGAACAUUGAAGACGACCGCAGCCUGGCAGGCAUCUAGCUUGCCAAAGAGCAUUCUCAAAAUCGAAAAGGCGAUGCGGCGGGAGAGGACGGAAGCGGAAGAGGCCCUGAAGGAACUGGCUGGAGGACGUGCCCACCCAUCGAUGACAGCGAACGGAGGUGACGAAGACGGAAGCCUUGGCGCACUGCAGCUCGCCAUCCGGCAACGUCAAGCGUCGUCGUAUCAGUCUAUGUUGAGCAACCUAGAAGCCAAGUACGUGACGGGCAAAAAGAAGAAGAGCAGCGCCAGCACGCGACCUCGUGAGGCGGAGCUGGAGGUAGAGGCGAAGAAGCACACGAAUCACGGCAAGACAAUGAGGCAGCGAGACGAGCAAACGCGAGGUCCUGCGAAGCGUCCAAGGCACUAA